CUUUUUCCGGGUCUGGUGUAGCAGCAUGGAUGGUCAAGAGAGUUGGCCAGAAAUUGAGAAAGCCUCAAAAGAGAAAAGACGCGAACUGGUUCUGCAAGGUGCAGUUAUCGAUGAAAAGAUAUCCUCUAAUGGAGGUCUGUGUUCAACAAUCUAUUCUCUCAAGCUCCUAAAUUACCUAGAAAUCAUCCAAUGUCCGAGUUUGACAGAAAUUCACGGAGACAUAAAAAAUCUGACCACCCUUACAAGCUUGAUUCUUUGCAGGAAUAAGCUCUCCUCUAUUCCAAAAACCAUUGGAAAUCUGAAGUCCCUGAAAGUCCUUGACAUUUCAGUCAACAACCUGAAAGCUUUGCCUGAAGAGAUAACCCAGCUAAGCGAUCUCAAUACACUCAACGUGAGCUGCAACAACAUCGACUCUCUACCAGAUGGACUGUGUCAUUGCACGAAGCUCUCUACCAUCAACAUCUCCAAAAAUGACAUCACUCGGUUCCCUGAUGACUUCUAUCGCCUGGAUCUCCUCAGCACUGUCAUUGCCUCUGAGAAUUCCAUAGAAGAGCUGAGUGGAGAUGUUCACAAGCUCUCUGCUCUAAAGGUUUGUGACUGAAAUAAUAAUAUAUUGCACUGCUACCUAAAAUGUGGCAUGACUUCAUAAAUGCAUAUUUUCUAUUCCUACUGAAUUAUGGUCAUGAUUGACAGGGUACCUCUCAGUUAAUCUCAUCAGCUCUGGAUAAGAGUGUCUGCUAAAUGACGUAAAUGUAAACGUAAACCAGAGACUGUCAUGACAUUUUCCUGGCACAAGGCCUCUCAGAUGGUGAGACACCUGAAACCUGGAUAAAGCCCCAUUUGGUUAUUAAUCUUAGUUCAUGUUAUUACAUUCAACUAUGAUAACAAAAGUAUAACAUUUUCCUCUCAGGUUUUGGAUCUAUCCAACAACAAGCUCAGUGACAUCCCCUACGAGCUGAGUGACUGCUCCAAACUGAAGGAGAUAAACUUCAAAGGAAACAAACUCAAAGACAAGCGGCUGGAGAAGAUGGUCAACGGUUGCCAGACCAAAUCCAUCCUGGACUACCUUCGGGCCGGUGGCCGAGGGAAAGGCAAAGGCAGUAAGCAGGCCGACGGGGACGGGGAUAAGGCCGAAGGGGGUCGGAAUGCAGAGAAGACCCAGACCAAAAAGCAGCGCAAGCAGAAAAAGAAGAAGAACGAGGAGGAGGAGGAUGAGGUGGAUGAGUUGAACCGGCUGGUGGUGAAGGUGCUUCACGUGUCUGACAACCCCGGUGCGUUCACUGUAAAGGUGGCCAACGAACUGAAGGAUGUGAGGCCGUACUUGGUGUGCUGUGUGGUCAGAGGCAUGAACUUCAGGUCCGGGAAUGCGCUCAAGAGGUUCCUCGUUGCACAGGUAAUGUUGUUCAGAGAUGAGAACACGUUAGCCUUGGUACCAGUCUGUUUCUGCGUUAGUCAACUCCUAUGUUGCGGUCUUUGACAGUCAUAUUUGGCAAGGAAACUAUGUAGGCUAGUAGUUUGUGAAUGCAGAAACAGACUAAGAACACGCUACAAAAUAAACUCAAGCUCAGUGGUGGAAAAAGUACUCAAUUGUCAUACUUGAGUAAAAGUAAAGAUACCUUAAUAGAAAAUGACUCAAGUGAAAGUUACCCAGUAAAAGUUUAAAAUUAUUUGGUUUUAAAUAUACUUAAGUAUCAAAAGUAAACGUAUACAUUAUUUCAAAUUCCUUAUAUUAAGCAAACCAGAUGGCACAAUGUUUGUAAUUUUUUAUUUACAGAUAGCCAGAGGCACACGCCAACAAAAUUUACAAACUAAGCAUUUGUGUUUAGUGAGUCCAACAGAUCAGAGGCAGUAGGUAUGACCAGGGAUGUUCUCUUGAUAAGUGCAUGAAUUGGACCACUUUCGUGUCAACAUGUAACAAGUACUUUUUGGUGUCAGGGAAAAUGUAUGGAGUAAAAAGUACAUUCUUUUCUUUAGGAAUGUAGUGAAGUAAAAGUUGGCAAAAAAUAUAAAUAGUAAAGUACAGAUACCCCAAAAAACUACUUAAGUAGUACUUUAAAGUAUUUUUUACUGAAGUACUUUACACCACUGCUCAAGCUCAUGAACUGACACAAGCUCAACAUCCUCUAUAUAUUAUGUUACAUAGCCUAUGAUCGAUAUGUCUCUUUUGCAUUAUUCAGUUUUCACCACUCUUUCUCUCUUACCUGUUGUGUUUUAGACCAAACUUCACGAUGACCUAUGUGGUAAAAGGACAACUGCGACCAUCGCAACACACGACAUGCAGCUACUCAAGGGACCUCUCAUGUAUGAUGCCAGACCACCUCCUAUGUUAAAGGUAUGACAUAUUGCAUGAAAUUCUGCUCAUACAACGUUAGACAGCCACAAAUUCUCAAGUGUAAGUCGCUCUGAGAUGGAAUUAAAAAACACAUUUACGUCUGACACAUUUACUACGACUAACUUCUUGAUCUUAUAUUAGGGCUGGGAAUUGCCAGGGACCUCACGAUACUAUAUUAUCAUGAUACUUAGGUGCCGACACUAUGUAUUGCGAUUCUACGUAUUCUAUAUGUAUUGCGAUUCGAUAUGUUCGAAAUGUAUUGCUCACUACAGUAUGUGUUUUUCCAAGGUAUUUCAAACUCUUUUCAUUUGAUUGGUUUAUGAUUACAUUUCUCAGGACCUUGUUCCAUGUCUUUGUUCAAGUAGUUUAUGCAGACAGUGUCAUGUCUCUGGAGAAUAUAAGAAGGCUAUUUUUCUAUUGGACAUAAUACCUCUGUUUUCUUGAAUAGAAUCCAGUAUUUUGAAGUACAGUUUUAAUCAGCAGUUGUGAGCCAUAACAUUAUUCCAUUCUUAAUAAUUCAUGAUCCUUUUAAACAUAUUUUUUGCCAAAGCCAGGCAACAAGCCAACUGUUAUAGUGACAUCAGUCUGUAAUUGAAAGACCUUCAUGCGGCUUCACCUCAACAGUUUGAACACAAAAUAAUUGUUGCUAGUCGUUGCCUGUCACUCUUGGCAUAUUAACAAAUCAUUGUAUUCAUUAACUGCAUUCAGGUUUGUGUCAAAGCAUUUUGGUCCCAUUCAUGGUUAUUCUAACAAGCAAAGGAUCUUUUGAAAAGAGCAUAAAUCUCUCAUAAACUCCCUCUCAUAAAAUGUUGUUUACUAGAUAGUCCCCCUGGGCCGUAAGGAGAUGACUGCGGUGGAGCUGAUGAGGCAGCUGCAGCUAGAGGCAGAGGACCAGCGGAAACAGAGGAAGAGGCAAAAUGUGUCUGGCCUCCACAAGUGAGUAUUAACACCUGUCUUUAAGGCAGAGCUGAAAGUAUAGGUGAGUCCAGAUUUUACUCUCUUCUCCCGAAGUGUAUAUUUGCAGACUUCCCUUCAUGGAUUUAACGAUGAUGGAAACUCUAUACAGCCAAUGAUUACACCAAUUCAAUGCUUAUAAAUCCAUGACAGGAAGUAUAAAAGUGCACACUUCUGGAGGAUGUAGAAUCGGAAACGCAGCCCAAAGCUGCAGUCGGCCUGAUGCCCAUUCUUUUUUGUUUGUUAUUAAAAGGAGGGGGCAAAAAAAGGAGGGGUAUUUGUACCGACCCGUUCUGUAUGGGGACCUCGGUUCGUUCCGCACUGUGAAUCCGAAUGAAUACAUAAGAAAAAAAUGUAUUUACAAAAUAAAAGUUAGGCCUAUAGGCUAUGCCUACGCAGGAUAGACAUAGUCUUAGCUUGUAUUUUGUAAAUAUGUAUUUUUAAUGUAUUCAUUUAAUGUAUUAAUUGGAGACCUAUGCCUCUUGAGUAAAUCUGAGCAAAAAAAAAAAAACAUUUCAGGCUAUUGCGUUAAGACAACUAGAGCCUAUGCACGCAUUGUAAUAAGUAUGUAUAAUCUUCAUUGGCUCAUUUCAAACUGCCCUUUUGUGAGACAGCCGGGAACUAGUUCUGUACGAUGGCCAGUGGUGGUGUCGAUAAACCAGAAUUGGAGGAUCCUCUGUCCAUCAUCUUUUAAAUCUCCAGUUUGGAAACAUUUUGGCUUCCUAGUAGAUUACAACGGCGAUGGACAGAGAGUUGUGGAAAAAUAUGUUGAUAGUAUGUCGCCACACUCAACGAGAAUAGCCUAUGCAGCUGCCAACACCUCAAAUAUGUUGACAUAUUUACGCCGACAUCACCCCAGUAUACCGGAGCAAGACGGAAACACAAAGAAACAACAACACAACACAUCUCACCUCUGCAUUCAAGCAGCUAAUUCUGACCGGGCCAAAUAAAUUACAAGAGAGAUAGGUAGGCUGUGUUUAUAUAUAUUUUACAGUUUUUGGUUUAUAGCCGCGCAUAUGCGCCCAUUCUGUGGUUAAAAAUAGGGGGGUUUCAGGGAGCACCUCGUGAAAGUGCUCGAACCACGUUACGAACUUCCCUCUUGCACCGAAUUCAGCAAACUGGUACCCGCUCUAAAAAAGCCAAGCCAAAGUUUUCAGUGAAUUGGCCAAUGCAUCCUGUGUUGAGCUUACUUAACAGUGACAGCCCAUCACAUUUCCCCAGAGUGGGAGAUGUACUGUGCUACAGACACGCCCCCUGUAUGAGAGACACAAGUGCUCAUAUGGCACUGAAGGAAACAGUGUCAUGUUGUGUUCGUAACCAAGAUGGAAGUGGGAAUUUAUCACAUAUGACUGAAAAAAUCCACUUGAACGGCCCUCCAACUGGUAAUUACUAGUGGAAAACUUGUCUAUCAUCUUAAGCACCCACUUCUCCCACAUGGUGACACCUGACAUCACCUACUAAGAAAAUGUCCUCUAUAACAGCAUUUUCAGCAAUUGAAUACAACAACAAAACAUUAUUUAUAAAAAGCAAUCUAUUAAUGUGGUUUCUGAACUCUAUUAUUUGUUUACAAGCAUGAUAGAUGCACUUUUAUUUUAUGGUGGAUGAAGCUUGUUGUCCAUGAGCCAAUCUGCGUUUCUCAACCAGUUCAAAUCACAUGAAUGUAUCCAACGGGUAUUUACGACAUCACAACCGGUAAAUUCCCAACUCCCACAUGGUUACAAACGCAGCAUCAGUGUGAAAACUUGAGAGGCCCAACAUAACAAUCCGGUCACAACAGACAAUGCCAGGAACAUUGUGGAUGGCAUUUAAUUUUCCCGAACGGUGACCCGAAAACCGCAAUACUACCGAACCGUGCGUUUGUCAAACCGUUACACUCCUAGUGGCUCAUCGCAAUAUCUGCGGGGCUGCUCGUGCAACGUCAUUUAAAGGUCCAAUCAGCAGUUAAAACAAUAACAAAGUGGGGUUUUUUGGUAAAAACUAAGGGAUGGGAAUGGAAAAAUGUAAUCACUCUCAAAUUCAUAGACAGAGCUAUGCAUGCAAGGACUGACCAUCCAUGAUGUCAAAAUUAUAUACUGAACAAAAAUAUAAGCGCAACAUGAAAGUGUUGGUCCCAUGUUUCAUGAGCUGAAAUGAAAAGAACCCCGAAAUUGUCCAUACGCACAAAAAGCGUAUUUCUCUCAAAUGUUGUGCACAAAUAUGUUUACAUCCCUGUUAGUGAGCAUUUCUCUUUUGCCAAGAUAAUCCAUCAGGUGUGGCAUAUCAAGAAGCUGAUUAAACAGCAUGAUCAUUACAUACCGGCUUCUUCACCUGCGGAAUCGUCUGAGACCAGCCACCUGGACAGCUGAUGAAACUGUGGGUUUGCACAACCAAAUAAUUUCUGCACAAACUGUCAGAAACCGUCUCAGGGAAGCUCAUCUGCCUGCUCGUCAUCCUCACCAGGGUCUUGACCUGAAUGCAGUUCGGCGUCAUAACCGACUUCUGUGGGCAAAAGCACACCUUCGGUGGCCACUGGCACAGAUAAAUCCCGGUUUUUAACUGUACCGGGCAGAAGGCAGUUUGCUGAUGUCAAUAUUGUGAACAGAGUCCCCAUGGUGGCGGUGGGGUUAUGGGAUGGGCAGGCAUAAGCUACGGACAACGAACACAAUUUCAUGUUAUCGAUGGCAAUUUGAAUGCACAGAGAUACCGUGACGAGAUCCUGUGGCCCGUUGUCGUGCCAUCCGCCGCCAUCACCUCAUGUUUCAGCAUGAUAAUGCACAGCCCCAUGUCGCAAGGAUCUGUUCACAAUUCCUGGAAGCUGAAAAUGUCCCAGUUCUUUCAUGGCCUGCAUACUCAGCAGAAAUGUCACCCAUUGAGCAUGUUCGGGAUGCUCUGGAUCGACCUGUACGACAGCGUGUUCCAGUUCCUGCCAAUAUCCAGCAACUUAGCACAGCAAUUGAAGACUGGGGCAACAUUCCACAGGCCACAAUCAACAGCCUGAUCAACUCUAUGCAAAGGAAAUGUGUCGUGCUGCAUGAGGCAAAUGGUGGUCACACCAGAUGCUGACUGGAUUUCUGAUCCACGCCCCUACCUUUUUUAAAGGUAUCUGUGACCAACAGAUGCAUAUCUGUAUUCCCAGUCAUGUGAAAUCCAUAGAUUAGGGCCUAAUGAAUUUAUUUAAAUUGACUGAUUUCCUUAUAUAAACUGUAAUUGUUGCAUGUUGCAUUUAUAUUUUUGUUCAGUGUAGUUAACCAUGUUUUGAGGCUAUACAGUGUUUGUUUACAUUUACUUUGUUUACAAACAUUGGACUAAAACAAGUUUAUAUUUUGGGUUCUGAUGGGGUACGACAGUUAAACUAAGCUCAUGAGGCAUUUCUAAGUUAUAUUCUUUAAGAAUUAAUGGGUACAUAUCGGUCAUAAAUGUAUGUCGCAACUGCUGAUUGCCCCUUUAAUUGUUAUGGCGUAGUAAUAAAUGAAUUCCUAUUAUUUCAUUUCCUAUUAUUUCAUUUUCCAUUUACAGUAUGUUGGUGUUGUGUCCUACACAGUAAUGCAUUGUUUUUGUCAAGCACUUCAUUCGUUUCAGGAGCUCAAAACAAAGGCGAAAUGAUUAGGUUGCUCAUUCAACACAUGAGGGCGCCAUAAGGCUUUGAAACUGAAACCAUGUUGCCACUAUGUUGAAGUAAAUAGACGGACUCCUUUAUUAUGUAUGUGUAUGAGAAUUUGUGGACUGUUGUUUUUAGGACCUACCAUGGAGUUUAGUUCACCCAUUUUCUGUAAAGAUAUUGACAGCAAUAGAGAUUACAUAAUUAUUUACAAGGUUAGGUUGAAUAAGGUAAAUGAGAUUAGGUAAAUUAAGGUAGACCUAAGUAAAUAACUUCUUAAUAACAUGACACAGUAUUUUGGGGAGUUUUCAAAGAGCUCAAAUGUCAAUUCAAUCUGCACCAUGAGUAUGGGUGUAGACCUUACAAUAUGCUGUUAUGAAAGGGUUAUGUUGGCUAUUGUAGCCAUCGUUGGCAUGAGGGCAAUUAUUACACUUUAGCCAUUGUUUCUCAGCUCAAGUUAUGUGGCUUUUUUCUUUUACUCAGAUACCUGCAGCUUCUUGAUGGAAAAGAACUCUACCCAUGUCUGGUAGAUGCAGAGGAUCAUGUGAUCUCAUUUCCACCAAUCACCAACAGCGAGAAAACCAAGGUGCGGUGUGUGAUCUUUAUCAGACCAAGGACAGGUGCCUUUCUCACAGGUCACUGCUCUACUCACACUCAUACGCUUAACACUUGCUGAUCCAGCAGUGCAUUCACAAUACAGCUACCAAUAGAAAAGUCAUAGUUAUGAUUUAGAAUAAAUCUUUAUGUUCUCAAUAUCUACAUUUAGCCUACCAAUAGAGGCCCAGCAGUGUAGAAUGCAGUCUAAAACCUUGCUGAAUUGUACUUUCCCUUAGACUUUGCACACCUUCAGGACUUUGACUUUGGAAGCUUUAAAUUGCAGCCACACCAGAUAAAGAAUCAAAUAUGUAUCUUUAUUGCUUCCUUAAUUGCGGACAUACUUACAUCCGGGUUGCAAUAAAUUGAGCUUGAGAAUAGUGCUUAGCCUUGAAAUCAAAUGCUGACUUUUAAGACUGUUAGUUGAUGAUGCAACCAGAUGUUGUCUUAUCUGAAGAUUUCCUGCUUCUAUUAUUGAGUUCUGAUCCCUUAUUCCGAACUUUGAGAUAGUAGCCUAUAAGUUCAAGUGAGUAUUACAUGCAUAGAUAAGAAAGUUGAAUAGACUUACAGGUGGCAAUGCAUUUAUUCAAUGUAUUUAUUUUCUAAUGCCAGUUGGACAUAUCUUACUAUCAACUCUAUCCUGUCAUCCCUUUUUACAGAUUGGAUUAAUUAGAUAAAAAAUAGUAGGCUGCUUUAGCUGGAGACAAUAUUACAUACAAGUGAUGUACUGUAUCUUUGUCGCAUAUUAUAGAUCAGGAAGACGACUAAGGAGCUUUUCUUAGAAGUGACCAGUUCUACCAGCCUGCAGAUCUGUAAAGAAGUGAUGGAUGCUCUCAUAGUGGUAAGCUCAGCUCUUUCCCUGUAUACAGAGACAUACAGUAGGACUGAAUCCUACAUUGCAAUGCACAUACAUAACACAUACAGCCGUUGAUUGCAUGAAUUGAACAACAUUUACACAUGCAUGCAUCAGUCAGACACACACAGUGGCUGGCGAGAGCAGAUAAGUGUCAUGACACCGGGUCUCAUGCUCAGUCUCAGGGUGUUGUGCUGGUUUGACGUCUGGAUCCUGGCCCUCAGUGGAAUAAGUGAGCUCAUCGGCCCGGGGCGACUGGCCCGGAGGUGUCCGGUGUCACCGCCUAAACUACGGCUCACAAUACGAUUGCAACCCUAGAGCUGCCUGUGUGCCUCGCACCCACCAGUACACACAGCAGCAGACACGUUUCAAUAACAGCCAUGUCGAAACAAAAGCAGCCGAUAAGGGUUUAAUCCACACUCUGAUUCCUACUCUAGAAUAACCAUUAUUGAGAGAGGGUACGGUUUUGAUUGGGUGUGGUGAUUGAAGGAGGGAUUUGAGGUCAGGUUAUGAGAGUCACCUUCUGAAUGGCACACAUACACAAUCCAUGUCUCAAUUGUCUCAAAAGUUUAAAAAUCCUUAUUUAACCUGUCUCCUCCCCUUCAUCUAAACUGAUUUGAAGUGGAUUUAACAAGGGAUAUCAAUAAGGGAUCACCUGGAUUCACCUGGUCAGUGUAGGUUGCACUGUUGAGAUGAGACUUCCUGCUCUGGAAGUGCUUGUCCUAUAUUUCCCCUAUAUACACUGCUCAAAAAAAUAAAGGGAACACUUAAACAACACAAUGUAACUCCAAGUCAAUCACACUUCUGUGAAAUCAAACUGUCCACUUAGGAAGCAACACUGAUUGACAAUACAUUUCACAUGCUGUUGUGCAAAUGGUAUAGACAACAGGUGGAAAUUAUAGGCAAUUAGCAAGACACCCCCAAUAAAGAAGUGGUUCUGCAGGUGGUGACCACAGGCCACUUCUCAGUUCCUAUGCUUCCUGGCUGAUGUUUUGGUCACUUUUGAAUGCUGGCAGUGCUUUCACUCUAGUGGUAGCAUGAGACGGAGACUACAACCCACACAUGUGGCUCAGGUAGUGCAGCUCGUCCAGGAUGGCACAUCAAUGCGAGCUGUGGCAAGAAGGUUUGCUGUGUCUAUCAGCGUAGUGUCCAGAGCAUGGAGGCGCUACCAGGAGACAGGCCAGUACAUCAGGAGACGUGGAGGAGGCCGUAGGAGGGCAACAACCCAGCAGCAGGACCGCUACCUCCGCCUUUGUGCAAGGAGGAGCAGGAGGAGCACUGCCAGAGCCCUGCAAAAUGACCUCCAGCAGGCCACAAAUGUGCAUGUGUCUGCUCAAACGGUCAUAAACAGACUCCAUGAGGGUGGUAUGAGGGCCCGACGUCCACAGGUGGGGGUUGUGCUUACAGCCCAACACCGUGCAGGACGUUUGGCAUUUGCCAGAGAACACCAAGAUUGGCAAAUUCGCCACUGGCGCCCUGUGCUCUUCACAGAUGAAAGCAGGUUCACACUGAGCACGUGACAGAGUCUGGAGGCGCCGUGGAGAACGUUCUGCUGCCUGCAACAUCCUCCAGCAUGACCGGUUUGGCGGUGGGUCAGUCAUGGUGUGGGGUGGCAUUUCUUUAGGGGGCCGCACAGCCCUCCAUGUGCUCGCCAGAGGUAGCCUGACUGCCAUUAGGUACCGAGAUGAGAUCCUCAGACCCCUUGUGAGACCAUAUGCUGGUGCAGUUGGCCCUGGGUUCCACCUAAUGCAAGAAAAUGCUAGACCUCAUGUGGCUGGAGUGUGUCAGCAGUUCCUGCAAGAGGAAGGCAUUGAUGCUAUGGACUGGCCCGCCCGUUCCCCAGACCUGAAUCCAAUUGAGCACAUCUGGGACAUCAUGUCUCGCUCCAUCCACCAACGCCACGUUGCACCACAGACUGUCCAGGAGUUGGCGGAUGCUUUAGUCCAGGUCUGGGAGGAGAUCCCUCAGGAGACCAUCCGCCACCUCAUCAGGAGCAUGCCCAGGCGUUGUAGGGAGGUCAUACAGGCACGUGGAGGCCACACACACUACUGAGCCUCAUUUUGACUUGUUUUAAGGACAUUACAUCAAAGUUGGAUCAGCCUGUAGUGUGGUUUUCCACUUUAAUUUUGAGGGUGACUCCAAAUCCAGACCUCCAUGGGUUGAUAAAUUUGAUUUCCAUUGAUAAUUUUUGUGUGAUUUUGUUGUCAGCACAUUCAACUAUGUAAAGAAAAAAGUAUUUAAUAAGAUUAUUUCAUUCAUUCAGAUCUAGGAUGUGUUGUUUAAGUGUUCCCUUUAUUUUUUUGAGCAGUGUAUUUUACUGUGUCAACAAACAUGAGUCGAGCGGGACAAGUUAGUAAGAAGUUUACAAUACCUUCAACCCAAUUUGCUGCCAUUGCUUAAGAAAUAAAAUUAGGAGAAUGUAAAGACUUUGAGGUUAUACAUAUUAUCUUGUUUCUACUUACACACAAUAUUAAAUGUGUACAGAUUUUCAAUCCACCCUUCAAAUCUCAAUUCAACAACCAUCCUCAAAGGGGUAGGCAACUAGAUUCAACCGCAGGCCAAUUUUUUUCUUGGAGCGGAUGGUUUGGAGACCGGAACACAAUUAUAAUAAUUUGUACAUUGCAAAUUGACCACAACUAAGCCCAAAAAUAGAUUUUAUUUGAAAAUAACAAUCAUUUCAUACAUUGAUUACAUUGAGACAAUCUUUUUUGUUGUUGCUGAAUUCCUGGUGAUUUUAGUCUUCUUUUGACCCAAACUACAAUCCUACAUUUGUUUUUUUUACAAACAUACUCAAUUGUGGCCGACCCCUGCUCUAGUUUACUUUCUCAAAUAGACCUCAUCCACAUGGUCCCAAUGGUCAGCAAUUAACACAUCUCUCUCCAUUCCCUUCUCAGAAAAUGGCGGAGCUGAACAAGUUCACGUCGGAUCACAGAGAGGAGGCUGGAUCAGAGGGAGAGUCGGAUGCACCCCCAGUCCCUGCCUCCGAUGGUACCACCUCAGGUGAGCUGGUCAUCCAGCAGGUUCGCACCGUGGACCCUGACGGGAACCUCAAGGUCGUCUACCCAUCCAAAACGGACCUCUCCACCGACGUCGGCAACCUGAACGUCAUCUGGUAGUUGCGCAACAACCAGCCUUUUGAUUUAUAUUUGACUUAGUCUCACACAGUUAAAAUCACAAUACUGUAUAUGAGUUGCCACUGUUCCCUUGGUAAGCAAAGCCGAUUACAUCCACUCAUUUCCAAACAUGGAAGUAGUGCAAUUAUAGCCUUCCGGAAAGUUCUUGAUUACUAUUUGGCACGUACAAACAGCUUCGCCUGUACUAAGGUAUAGAAUAAUUAAACUACCUACCCAACCUAAAAUAUUGUCAUGUUUUUGUAUACUUAUUUUUAUAUUGCUACACACUAAAGGUAACUCACAAUAACUGUUAAGUCUGUAGCAAGCCUGUGUGGUCUGUAGAUUGUAGACAUAGUUAAUGACAACAUUUAACAUUUGUGAACUGAAACAAGAAUAAAACCUUUUUCCAUUACCCGCUUUAAUAAAUUAAGGGCAGGGAAUGUGUAUAAUGUCUAAUAUUUAAAAGAUCUCUAAAAUAAAUUGAACCUUGAGGGCAGCAGUGGUUAUGCAUUUCUUUAUUGCACAUGUUGAAAGCCAAUGCUUUGUUCUGGGUAGAAACAUUUAUCCUAUUUUCUUGAUAAUUUCAGGAAUGCUUGGUUUCAUAAAUGCCUCCAUUUGUCAGUUAAUGUGCAUGCAUGGUGAAUGGCCCUUUUGACUGCUUGGGUAUUCACAGGUUAACUAAAAAGUGUGGGGUACUAUUACAUAUCAAGUGUCCAGUAAGGGUUGGGGGGUGAGUGUCUCAAAGACACACACACAUAGUAUAAAAGAAUAGCCAGAGAAUUGCAGUUAGGUGUCCUAUCCGUCAAGGACAGAGUCGGACUACUCGACACAAGAUGCAAGUUUCCAUUUAAGGCAACCCAUUCAUUGGAGCUAUGAAAAGUACUUACAGAGUGCAGAAGAAGCAAGCCUGGUCGGAUACAAGCAGGGAGAAAAAGUCACGGUGGAGAAGCAUUAGUGAAAAGGAGAUGCAGUACUUGGAGAUUAAUGUGCAACGGAUUGACAGGCCGAAUGCUCCUCGAGGAGACCCUGCUCAAGCGAAAGCUAACCUGAGACCAGCUCCAAAGAUAACAAAUCCAAAUGAAUAUCUUACUUGUUCUAGGCAUUUAAUGAUUCAAAAUAAACUAGGACGUGCAAGCACAGCUGCUAUCACCCAGAGCAUCCUUCUGCCACCCAUCACUGGAUCAAGAAUCAUUGCUGGUAAGGCGGAGUGUGCAAAUGUGCCAUUUCGCUCUGCAAGACCCGCCGGGGCACUACAUGACAAUGGAGACACACACUUGUCAACCUCUGGUAUAAGGAGGGAAAAUACAGUAUUUCGAGUACUGGUUGCUCGACGUGCGCAGGGUUGUCAAAUGACUAACAAAGCUGGGUUAGUUAGUGGUAGUCUAACCAUGUUGAAUAGGUCUACAAAAGAUUCCGUCCAGAACCCAGACACUCGCUCCAAACUAGACUGCACCAAGGGGACCUUUGGGGCCCAGCCAGCUGUGGCAUCAAGUUUCUCACCAACAGACCCGUUUGUAAGGCAACGGGGAAAUUAUGUGAGUAACCCUAGUGCCAACGACAGUGGGGUGAUGACGGAGAGACUUAAACAUGAUGCCAGUAUCUGUGAAACAAAACAGCAGAGAGAUGUCUCCUCUGACGACUUGGCUAUUAAAACAGAAUCCCAGUGCUCUGAAAACAAAGAUACCAGCAAGACUGUCAUAGACUCUCUUUGUCCCGAUGAUGAAGAUUAUUAUACAGACCAGAGAAUUGCAGAAUGGGUCUUGAAAGUCAACUCCACCUUAUUUUCCUUAUCAGAUGAUGAAAUGCAUAGCGUAAAUACUGUGGAGGAGCAAGAUAAUGCCACCAUAAAAAUAAUCUAUGAGGGAAACAAAUAAAAUAAAGGAUAUACAGUGGGGGAAAAAGUAUUUAGUCAGCC